UGAGUCAGAGCGUGGAGCGGCGCUAUCCCGUCAUAUCACACGGGAGGACAAGCAGCCUGGCUCCGGGGGGGUGACCGACGUGAUACGGACACACCGUCCCUCCGCUGCUCGAGGAGGGAGCCCCGGACUCAUGCCUUUUUGUCUUUUUUCUCUCGCGAGCGCUUCAUCUAGGUAGCCUCGUGGACGUCCGCGUGUAGCCCAUCCCACUUGGUUCCCCAAAUUGCCCCGCUCGUGCUGAGGCUCCCUCCCGAGCAGACAGCCCGCCGUAGGCUUCUGGUAUGCGGCUGUCCCCCUGGUAGGCACCGCGGCAGACACAAAGGACAGCCGCUCACUGGGUUUCCUCCGCCGACCACACCGCUCCCUGCUCGGAUACUCCGCGGAGCCUCUUCCACGUACCGGGUCGAGCUGACACCACUCGGCGAUGCAUGUCGGGAUCUCUCUCCCGCGAUAGGAGGCGGCUGAUCCGGAGCAGCAGCAGCAGCAGCAGCAGCCUGUCUGUCGCUUCUAUGCAGAGCCGUUGCAGGGUCAAGAUGCAGUUCCGGACGGUGCUGGACGUGAAAGUCGUGGACGUGGAGAAGAGGCGCAGUCCGUCUAAACACUACGUGUACCUCAUCAAUGUCACCUACUCGGACAACACCUCCCACAUCAUCUACAGGAGAUACAGCAAAUUCUUUGACCUCCAGAUGCAGAUUCUUGACAAGUUCCCAAUUGAGGGAGGGCAGAAAGACCCCAAGAAGAGGAUCAUCCCAUUUCUGCCAGGAAAAAUCCUGUUUCGGAGGAGUCAUGUGCGAGACGUGGCCAUGAAGCGGCUGCGUUUCAUUGACGACUACUGCAGGGCGCUGGUGAGACUCCCCCCUCAGAUCUCUCAGAGUGAGGAGGUGCUGCGCUUCUUUGAGACAAAGGCCGAGGACGUCAACCCCCCAGUGGAGGACUAUGGCUCCAAGCGGAAGUCGGUAUGGAUGUACGGCUUUACAGACAGCCCGAGGAAAGAGGCCUCAGGGAUGGACAGCUCGGAGCCCAUGGUGCUGGAGCAGUACGUGGCCGUGGCCAACUACGAGAGGCAGGAGAACUCUGAGAUCUGCCUGAAGGCCGGCGAGACAGUGGACGUGAUCGAGAAGAGCGAAAGUGGUUGGUGGUUCGUCAGCACAGCAGAGGAGCAGGGCUGGGUCCCGGCCACAUACCUGGACUCCCAGAAUGUCACCAGAGACGAUUUGGAUCUGGGCACUUCUAGGACUGGAGAAGUUACUAAGAGACGGAAGGCACAUUUGAAGAGGCUGGACCGCCGCUGGACCCUCGGGGGUAUAGUCAACCGGCAGCAGAGCAGAGAGGAGAAAUACCUGACCAUACAGCCACACAUCAGUCAAGGGAAGGAUGAAGUGAGCUUCGAGAAAGGGGUCACCGUGGAGGUCAUCCAGAAGAACUUGGAGGGCUGGUGGUACAUCAGAUACUUGGGGAAAGAGGGCUGGGCUCCUGCCUCCUACUUGAAAAAGAUGAAAGAAGACUUCUCCCCCCGCAAGAAGACCCUAACCGGCCCCGUGGAGAUCAUUGGCAACAUCAUGGAGAUCAGCAACCUGUUGCAGAAGAAGUCGGUCAGCGAGAAGGACAUCCAGACGGACGCGGAGGGCAGCACCACGCCAGAGCGCCACAUCUCCAAGAGCGAGAUCAGCCUCCCGGUGCCCUACAACUCUGAGAUCAAUGCGGAGACGGGCAGGAGGCUGAGUGCAGGCCGGGACACCAACAGCCCGUGUCUGGGAAUAGCAGCGAGCGCCGCCCUGAGUGACAAUAAAGGACGGGGCGAGCCAGGCUCCCCUGCUGUGGCCAGAGUGGCUCCACACAGAGUGGAAAUUGGGUCUCCAAAUCUGAGACAAAAACCCCCUCCACGAAGAGAAGCCAACUUGGGAUUCCAGUUACCCAAGCCUCCAGAGCCCCCUGCUGUGGAAGCAGAGUAUUACACCAUAGCAGAUUUCCAGUCAUCCAUCUCUGAUGGCAUCAGUUUCCGUGGGGGACAAAAGGCUGAUGUGAUAGAGAAGAACCCUGGAGGAUGGUGGUAUGUGCAGAUUGGAGAGAUGGAGGGCUGGGCCCCCUGCUCCUACAUUGACAAGCGGAAGAAGCCCAAUCUCAGCCGACGGACCAGCACCCUGACCCGACCCAAAGUCCCACCCCCAGCUCCUCCUGUCAAAAAACAAGAGUCUGACGAGGCUCCUCCCUGUAAUUCUGUCUCCAAAGUCUCAGAGCCGCCGAGCAGGCCUGCGUACGAGGAACCCGAAUAUGAUAUUCCUGCAAUCGGAUGCGAGGGUGAAUCUGACACGGAUUCUUUGAAGAAUGAGCGGGACUUCGAUGUGAAGAUUAGCAGCGUGGUCAGCAACAAGUACCGCGGCCCCCCUCCUUCCUGCAAGGCCUCUCCUCCAGUCUGCAAGGCCCCUCCUGUCUGCAAGGCGUCCCCCGUGUUUACUCAUCGAAGAGCGGCCUUCAGGUCUGCAGAAGAGGUUGCAAAAGAGGAGUGCAUCUAUGAGAACGACGGCUUCAGGCCCAGCAGUGGAGUUGAAAGAACUUGCGUCAAAGGUUCCAGUGAGCCAAAUUCUCCAAGGAGCUACCAUUCCUCCACUGUUCCACGCAGGCCCUCUGGAUCCUCCCCUUUACCUGGUCGACCCAUGAAGGCCAUCACGCCAGAGGUGAACCGCAGAAGCCAGACUCUUGGCAGACAUGUAGAUAACCGCUUCAGGUCGCAGAACAACAGCCCCGGCUCUUCAUCCGAUGAAUUGAGCAGAGGCCCCAAGAAAGGCUCAGCCUUCAGCCGGGAUGUGGAGCAGAGGAUUGGUCAGAGCCCCUCCACCAGGCCCAAGCCCUCCGUCAGACCCAAACCACUCCUGACCAAAUCCGAGCCCCAGAGUCCUGAGAGGAUGGACAUCAACUCUUUGAGACGGCAGCUGAGGCCCACAAGUCAGUUCCGGCCUCACAGCCUCAAAGCGAGCCGUGGGGACGACUCUGAAGCGGCCUCUGUCGUCUCAUCAGAGGACUCCAUGUGUUCACGCAGCACCUCGGAUCUCUCUUCCGUCUACUCCAAAGGCAGCCGAGGGGAGUCGGACGUGGAAGGUCCCAAACUCUACCGUUCCCUGGAUAACUAUAAGAAGGUCCAGGACUCUGAGAUCAGCUUUCCAGCCGGCGCGGAGGUCGAGGUCCUGGAGAAGCAGGAGAGCGGUUGGUGGUACAUUCGUUGGGCAUCCGAGGAGGGCUGGGCUCCUUCGUACUACUUGGAACCUGUCAGACAAGUGGGGGAUGCGGGUAGGUUAGACCUGGGUAGACAUGGGAGUGCUGGGAGUAAGUCCAACAGCCUGGAGAAAAACGAGCAGCACGUUCUGGCCCUCAACAACAUCAACAUCCAGGGUCCGAGCCAGAAGCAUCAAGCAGUGAGGAGGGAUACCCCGCCAAUCCCUUCUAAGCCUCCUGGUGGCUUUUCCAAGCCUUCUGGGACAGUGAAUGGAGCGGUGCGGAUGAGGAACGGGGUUCGUCAGGUGGCGGUGAGGCCUCAGUCGGUGUUUGUGACCACAUCUCAGCCCGCCAAGGAUGCACACUACAUGACAGGGUCUCUGAGGCGGAACGACUCCCUCGGCAGGAGCGACCACUACGGCUCUGGUUCGGCCACCCUCGGUGUCCGCCGCAAUGCCUCCUUCAGCACGGUGCGUCCACACGUCGUCGUAGAGAGCAACACGAGGCCCGCCGAGCGCUCCGGCCCGGGCUCCUCGGGCAGCGCGUUCAGCACGGGCAAUGUCCAGGACGCCUUGAGCAGAGUUAGCCAACGCAACGGGGUCCCUGUGUCCACGGUACGACCCAAGCCUAUAGAGAAGGGCCAACUGAUCCACAACAACCUCGGCAGGGAUGUGUACGUGUCCAUCGCCGACUAUCGCGGCGACGAGGAAACAAUGGGCUUCACUGAGGGCACCUGCCUGGAGGUGCUGGAGAGAAACCCUAACGGGUGGUGGUACUGCCAGGUGCAGGACAGCCUGCUGCCCCGCAAAGGCUGGGUACCCUCCAACUACCUGGAGCGGAAGAAAUAAAAAGCAGCCCCCCACGUCCCCCCCCACUGUCCCCCUUUUUGAUGUCCUCAAGGACGCCAGUGGCAUCACUCCUCUAGAAUGUUUCCACUCUCAUGCAAGCAAUAUGUCCAUGAAAAUGUACAGUGAUGACUGCGUACUAAAAUGUAUACAAGGAGGAGUGUAAAGACUUGAGACAGGGCGGUGGGCCGGACGGGACUGGAGGAGGACAGUGUCUCUGUGGUAGAACAUGGUACGAAUGGGAGGGGUGACCACUGAACGAGGUGCAGAAGUUCUCAUUCCUGCCAUCAGUGAGGCUGGUGGCCGAUAAGUGCCUUUUGUAGAGGAUCACCCGGUGGACUGCAAAACCCGCAAACCAACCAAAUCUUUUUGGAGUGCCAUAGGCGUGUGAAUACCAACGGAAGUAUUCCCAAAGCAUAUGAAGAGCGACACUGUUGAGUGCCAACAAGGUGUAGAAUUUUGAUCUCGAGGGCUGCAAUUGGUCCAACACAAAUUUAAGAUAAACAACUGAGAAUUAAGUGUGAAUGUAUUCUUUUUCUAAGCCGCAAGUUAUCGCGCAAACUAAAACAUUGUUUUAAGUUCAUUAUUUAGUUUCUUUUUCCAUGUUUUUAUGUAGUGGAGAAUUAUUUCUGCUCUCUUGUGACAUCUGUUUUCCAUCAACAGCCUAGAAUUAAAAGGUUAGAGCUAGAGUUCUUCAUGCUUCCAUUCCCAGACAUAACUAUCGGAAAUAACAAAUGUCUAAAACCAAACCUGUGAAACUUGAAAAUAACACACAGAUCUUUUAGUUUUCUGGAAAAUGUUUAUUUCAGACAAAAACACAUCAUCAAUAAUAGUCUCAAAGAUGAAAAAAAUUACAAAAGUUUACAUUUACUGCCGUGGUUUUAGUAAUGACUUUAAUGAAUAUCAUUUUGUACAUAUUAUGUUUUACCAAUGUUUGAAUUAGUACUGGAAACGUGCAAUAAUUAAAUUCCAGGGACAUUAUUUGCAUAGACCUUAUCCCAAAAUGUGAUUAAAUUAAAGAGAAAUUUGUUUUAGUGGUUUAGCUAUUUAUUUAUUUUAUUUUGUAAUACAGUGUAAUCUACAACCUUUCUAAAAUAAGUUCGUACCUGGAAGCACCUGAUUCAUUUCCUCCAAAUUACAAAUCCCUGAAACUAGAAGUAAACAAGUGCAUCGUAAUAUUACAAAUUGCUGUGCAAAAAAUUGAUUUGUAAUUUUCAUAUUUUCCAAAUUAAAGUUGGGUAUCAUAUUACAUAUGAUUUAAAAAUAACUUAUCAUUUAAUAGUAUCAAGUUCACAAUGAUUCCUCAAAUAUGCAGAAGUGUCAGCAUGUGAUAUUAUGAGCUCAAAUCUAACUUUUAAAAUUCAAAUGGCUGAUGUUCAAGACUGCUGAAAAACAUUUUCCGAUGAGCACUGUGAGCUCUAACCUAUGAUUAUGUAUCUGCUGGACAGUAUCACAGUAUUAACAAAGUACAGGACCUGACCCAUGACAUAUUUCUCUCAUAUUUCUGUGUGUCAAUGUGUUACUCAGUGAUCACACUGGGACAAUAAUGAGGAACGAAGUGGUUCUGUUUUGUGAUUUAGUGCACUUUAAACCCGAUUAAUGGUGCAUUGAUGUAACGAUGCAGUAAGUACUCAGCAUUUUCAACAUAAUCUUGUAAUUAUUCAAUUUCUGUUGGUUACCUCCAAAUGAGAGGAGUGCUGCUCAAGCUGCCAAAUGCCAAAGUUAGACUGAGUAGAAGUAGAGCCCUCUAGUGGCUGCUUGGAGGCACUACAGCUGCAGUAGUGCUCCUUCCUCAGUGGAGGAACACACACUGCUGGCCAGUGACCCAAAACUCUACACAAUGUGUCGGAUUUAUUUUCCUUCUUUUCAACUUUAAUGCAGCUAAGACAUUUUUAUGUAUUGGGCAAUACUUUUUUUUUAUUAAGAAAAACAAAUCUAUUUUUUCUUUAAUGCUGUGUGCUAAAACUUUAGCAAAUCACGGGCCCUUCGUUCAUCUUUAUUGUACUUUACAUAAUGCCAGAUUUUAAGUGUAUUUAUUAUGAAAGCUUUUGUAUUUUAUCAUGGUCCGACAAUCACCUCAACCCUCCAAUCUAAACAUAAUUGUAAGGUAUUAUCCAGAAAUUGGCUCAUUAGUGUCCAAAACAGCCAAACACCCAAAAAUGAUAUUAUUUUGGAAAAUGUGAGAUUUUUGCAUUAAUUAUAGUAUAUUUCCAAUCUAAUUCACAUUUGGAUGAAUAGUAAGAGACCGAUCCAGACGAAGGCAUUAUGUAAAUGUGUUGAAUCACUGUACAUUUCUUUUUGCUUCUUCUGAUUUGACUGAAUUGAGUGUAAUAGUAAGGGAAUGUUCUGUGGAAGGUUUACAUUUAACUGGUCAGCAUCUGUCUGUAGUCAUGCCUUCACCUUUUUUUCUUUUGAACCCAAAUUCCGAAAUGUAACCAUGAGGAAAUGUGCAAUAGAUCCGAAAGGCACUAACAUCACAAGAGCAUGUAUUCCAGUCGUCACAGGUCGGUCUGAAAGAGCCCGUGUGAAGGGCCCUGAAGGCGCUGAGGACUCAGCGGACCGGAGCAAUGGGGACGUACCCGUGUCUCCUUGUCUCCUCACCUCACAGACUUCGCUAACAGCACGAGGACCUGUGCUCCUCCGGACGGCUGCCAUGUGGACGGCAUGGCAGAGCCCCUUGUGUACACUCAUUACAGCCAUCAGGGGUCUUCUUCACUGACGGAGAGUCAAGGGCCCAUCAUCAGGGGCCUCAGUGGCCCUGCUCUGAGCUGUCACGUUCGUGCCUGAAUGGAAUUUUGAUAGUUUCCUGUGAUUCAUCUUUCGGUUAGGGUUUUCUUCUUCUUUAUCUGUUUGCUUUCUGAAGGGUGUCCUCCCCAUACCUUAGCGAAGCCUCUAGCCCCGCCCCCCUCGGUAACCAAGUCAGACGUCCUCGGCACCAAUCACCGCAGAGAAGGCGGGAGGUGACGUGCCGAGGACACGGGGGUAAACAAAAGAGCGGGGAGGAGAAUGCCCUUCAGACCAUUUCAGACCAAUCCAUCAGCUUCCAGGAUGUACGCCAAAAAAUAGAAAAGCCUUUAUUUUUCUCUUUGCCUUAUCCAUGUGUGACAGGUGUACACAUCAUCGUGCUAACGACUUUCUGUAUGUACAGGCCAAUAAGGCUUGAGUCCGCACAUUUUUUUUGUCAGGAGAGUUUGUUAAAGUAAUUUGUUUCAAAACGCGCUCUAACCGUCAGAAAAGAAUUGUGGAAAGACUGAAGUUGAUAGUUUGACAUUUUCUGUGGGAACGGUGAAGCGUGUUUGUCUGCUGUCACUCACUGGGACAUCUGACCUUCAGUGGGCUGAAGGAUCUCUUCACAUUUACGUGCUGAUGGAGGCUCCUUUGAGCUUCCUCGGGACAGAGCCAGGCUAGCUGUUCAUGACGCUAAGCUAAGCUGCCUCAGACAUGAGACUGCUCGCAAUCUGCUCAUCCAUCUCUCUGCAUAGUGAAUGAGUGUGUUCCAUAAAAAGGUCCUUUAAGUGAGAGCCUCCUCCUUCAGUGAGCGCGGCCCCUUUCCCCCUAAAGCGCCACAAUGGGAGUGGCUCGGCGGUGCUAAUGUGUCUCACGUCGGAGGAAAUGCAAGAGUUUCUUGACACAUUCCCCAGAGAAGCAGCAGGGCGAGCUGCGCCCCCCCCCCUUAAAGUCUGUCCUCAUGAACCCAGAGCUGGCGCUGCCGCUGGCGUCUUCCUCCUGCCUGCGCUCCUCGUCCUUCCUUUUCUCUCCUUCCUUGACACAGACAAGCCGUCUAUUCCCGCAGAGAAAGAUUGAGAUGUGGAGGAGGAGUGGAGCGUGCCUGUGUGUGUCUGCCUGAGGAGCUGGAAGGCUUGUAGGGAGACAGGAGAUGGAUCAGGUGGUGGAAUCUAGGAGACAAGGGGAGAUUGAGGCCAGAGGAGCUCUGCUUUGAUAGGAGGAGUAGAGAGGCGUUUUAAUCAAACCAUUUGAACAAAGCACCAGACUAACCAGCUCUCCGCUCCGAAGCCCGAGCCCGGACUCAAACGCUGAUUUAAUUGAUGCUUGAGCAAGUUCACGCCACAGUUCCCUCCUCCUAUGGAAGAACUUUUAAAGACGGAUCUCAAGUCUUUUGCUGCCAUUGUCUUCAGAUCUUCUGCCACCCCUGAGGGGGGUAACGCUUGGGCUUGGUGUUGUACGGUUGUUGUUAUUCUGGAAUAAGACAAAAAGCUGGCUUUGUUGAAUCACAUGCCUCUUUUUUCUGUCUUAUUCCUCAGAGUUGUUUUUGUUGCUGAGGGAAACGAUUGAAUGGAUUUGAAGCGCUGGCUCAAAUCUAAUGAGACAAGCUGUCGUUCAUAGUAAAAAGAAAUGAAAAGGUCUUCUGAAGGCUGCGGGAGAGACAAGGACGGGGUGGGUUUGAUAAGCAGGUGUGAGUAUGUGUUUGGGAGCAGGGUGGAGGCGUUUAGGGAGAUGUUAUUGUACGUGUUUUAAUUAAGCAGAAAUUUCAGUUUGAGUGAAGAAGGGGAAGAGUAAGCGACGCUGCAGGGGCCUCGCCGAGGACGCUGCCGCUCUGAGAACGUCCUCUCUGAGUCACGCCGGGGAUCACAGGAAGAUCUGUGUCGACGGCCGAGGCUCGCGGCCAUGUGUGCAGGGCACCUUUUCUUGUUCCUGUCUCUAAUUAGCACAGCGGCGUGUCUUAACCUCGGCUCCGGCGUCCUCGUCAACAGAACCUCUGGAGCCUCGGGUGCCACAUUCCCGCUUUGGUGGCAAGCUGUCCGAAGUGAUGGAUUGUUGAGUUCCAGGUGAGGUGUGUUCAUGAGAAGGUACAGCCUCCUCCAUCCUGGGUGCUGCAUCUAUAAUAAGCAGCGUGCAGUGGAGAGCCGUGACACACACAUGACAGGUGGAGGGCUGGAGGUAGACCAAAGGAGGUGCUGAUCCGUUAUGUUUUAUUACUAUCGUUGUUAUGUAGAUUGUGUUCUAACCCUCGCCAGUGUCCCGUUUUCAAAAGGGACGCCAUGAGGAGAGACUUCAUCAUCCAACAGGGAGUUAACAUGGGGACGUUCCUUUUAAACACAGGGCAUUUCUUUAUCCAACGCUUCAUUUCGACAAGUCUUGCUCCUUUCUUUUGUAUCUUGUACAUGUUUACAUUGUAUCUCCCAUCGCCCAAAAGACAAACAGUAUUAAAUGUAUUAUCUCUGUUUUAA